UCUCCUUUUGUACUAUAAAGUGGUACUUUUAUUUAAUUUCUGUCCUCAAAUGAUUUCUCUAUAUUUAAUAAACACUGAUUGGAGCUUCUUCUUUUGUGGAUAAGCAAAAUUUUGGAAUCUUGAUUCUUGCUGUUUCUGUAGUGUCACAUCCAUUAUUCAAUGGAAUGCUCCCAAGAACAUGUUACUACUUUCAGUAACUUUGUGCUGAACGGUGGGCAGAAGAUCCUUCAUGCUGACCUAAAUGUGAGCGAGCUAGUAACAAUGUUAGGCAGGGGUAGUUGGCCUAUCAAAAAUUAAAACUUGUUAGUUAAUUAUUUUAGGGACUUUUUGAAUCACUUGAUAUUCUUAUCUUAAUAUUGUUUGGAGGCGAUUUCUAUUUCUGACCUUAACAGAAGGUCUUUGGUAGGGACAACUUCUUCUGUCUUUGGUAGGGACAACUAUUAAGGAAUUGAAAGUGUGGUAUUUCUUGUACUGUUGCUUGUUACACUUUGUGCAAAGCUCAAAUAUGGACACGUGCAAUACUGAGGUAUUUGGGUGGAUUCUUACCUUCCCACUGUUAGAGGUGGGAUGUGAAAAAUUACUUUACAGCUUCUGGUAGUUGUCAUAUAGUUAUUAGGAAGCUUUUUACAUCCUACUUACCAGUGAACUGAAGGGAAUGUUUUCAAAUAGGAAUUAAUUCAGGGAAGUCCUUUGGCCUUGUUAUACAGGAGGUGAGGCUUGAUGAUCACAGUGAUCCCUUCUGGCCUUAAUCUCUGACUUUGAAGAUAAUGACGUUUCAUCUGUUCAUGAGAUAUAACUAUUAAUCCCCAUAAAGUCUAAACAUGUUUGAGUGCUAGGGAAGUUUCCAGCUGUCUUGUGCUUCAAGGGUAGGAUUCUAAGUAAACUAUAUCUUCAGAGAAGCAUAUAGGUAAUUCCCUUCUCCAUGUUUUUUCCUUUCUAAAUACCUGGGAAAGUGCAUUAUUUAAGAAAUGUGAAGCUUACGCUGAGAGGCACUUAAAUCAGAAAAUGACAAAAUGAACAUUUUUCAAACCCCAAUAGAGAGCUUUUAUUCUCCAACUAUAAGUGGAGAAACAAGAUACAACAAAGACAAGAUACUUCAAGGACAAGGUGUGGAUGAGCCCCUUUCUGCAACUGGUUUCAGACAAGCAGAUGCUGCUGGUAUAUUUCUCAGUAAUGUAAAGUUUACUCAUGUCUUCUCAAGUGACCUCCUUCGAGCGAAGCAGACUGCAUCCGCAAUUAUAGGAAAGAAUAAGUUUUGCAAAGAUAUUGUAAUACAGUAUGAUGCAAGACUUCGAGAGAGGAAAUAUGGGAUUGCUGAAGGAAGGCCAUUGAGUGACCUAAAGGCAAUGGCAAAGGCUGCUGGAGAGCAAUGUCCUUUGUUUACACCAUCUGGAGGAGAAACACUAGAUGAGGUAAGGGCACGUGCAAAGAAUUUCUUUGAAUUUCUGUGCCAACUUUCUAUUGAAGAAGAGUGUCAGAAAGAACAAGCUGUUCUGGGUAUGGCAGGCAAUGGCUUGGAAACAUUAGAAGGAAAACCAGUUUUCCCUUUGAGAAACCACUGCUGUGGACUUGAACUUAAUUCUGAUACUGACAAAGAUACAAAAAUGUUAAAUCCCAAUAUAUUGGUGGUGAGUCAUGGGGCAUACAUGAGAAACUGGUUUGGUUAUUUUGUUUUGGAUCUAAAAUGCACUUUACCAUCAGUUUUAAAAAAGUCUCAGUUAUCUUCUGUGAGUCCUAAUACUGGAGUGAGUCACUUCAUUAUAAACCUUGGAAAUGGAGAUGUGAUUAAACCUGAAAUCAGUUGUAUUUGUCUUAAUCGAGACGAUCAUUUAGCAGAUGUGAAUACUGAAAAUGUGUAGCUCAAACAAUUAAAAUGUUAGCAAUAUUAAAUGUAUUAUAUAGCAUUUUUAGUCUUAAGUUAUUUAAGCAUGAGAAAUAAUUAUUUUAAAAAAUACCUUUUAAUUAGCAAAUAAGUCUUGACUAAGUUCAUGUUCUAUUUGGAAAAUUGAUCUUAAUAGUUAGUUGGGUUGACUUGAAUUCAGUUAUUUGGCACUAUACUGUAAGAUUCUGAAGAAGUGUAAUAAUCUGUUUUACAAUAAUAUACACAAUAUAGAUGACCUUAGUGCUUGAUAGUAAUUCAGUAUUGUAAAAAAAUAUACUAAAAUAUAUUCUUUAUGAACAGGAACUUAAAGAUAUUACUGUUCAGGUCUCCUGGAUACUUGUUGCUGUAGUGUGGUUUGGGUUUUUUGUUUUUUUGUUUUUAAUUUAAUAUCUUUUUACCAUUCUACCAAAAAUGUUAUGGAUAUCAGCUGUUUUUCAAAAAGUAUUACAUGGCAAAAAGUUUAGAAAUGCUGUAACUAAGGAAGUUAAUUUUUUCUCCAACCUACUGUGCUGUAACUUUAUAUAUUUAAGUUGUUUUUUUAUAAAUGUAAAUGUCUUCCUAUUUUAAUGUAAUAGUAUAACCUAGUAGAGGGAGCAUUGUCUAGUGGGGAGAGCAUGGAACAGUAGGUGUUUGGGGAAGACCUGGCUCUGUCACUGACUAGCUGUGAGACCCUGGGCAAGUCUCUUAAUCUCGCCAUGCCUCAGUUUUCCCAUCUGCAAAAAUGGGGACGAUGAAACUUACCUCACAGGUGUGUUGUGAGGAUUCAGGUUAUUUAACAUUUUUGAGAUCCGCUGCUGUAAAUCCUUGUACAAAUGCAGAGUGUUGAUUGUUUAAAACUGUUAGUAGGGUGUGGAGCGCUAACUUGCGCAUUGCCAAAAUGAUGACCUCUGUCCUGAAAAGGAAUUCUUGCACAUGGAACAUUGUGUCCAGCUAGAGUCCCAGUGAUUUAAAUGGGACUCUCAUGAGUGGUUACAUUUGCAGGGUCUAGGCUUCUGUAAGCACUCAAUGAGUGCUUAUGGUUACUGAUAAUACUGUAUUUUCUGCCACCUUUUGGGGUGUAUUUAGUAUUUGCAUGUAUGAGCGCACAUGUAAUGACCUCUAUAUAUGUUGUAGUAAAACUAUUCUUGCAAUUUGCAUAUCUUAAAAGAUUGUAAAUAAAAUCAUUAAAGCCCUAUGUGUAGAA